UGCAAGCAGCCAUGUUGCGGCGAGCUUGUUCCGGUAUCAGGGCAGGAUCGUCCGUAUAGAUCCGCAGCUACUUCGCUUUCCCAAGCUGAUCUCCUCCUGGUUGACUGAGUCGCCAGCCACCGAACAAAAGCCACCGAUCUAUCAAUGAUGGAUUUUACUACUUGAGAACAUCCUCCGUGUUGGAAUAGAGGCGGCGAAGAGGGCAAGCUGAUCGGUCGCCACACUGCAGUGCAGCGCUACGGAACCCCCGGAUUCCGAUCACGCAACAGACGGAGGAGAGGUGCCGGUCCAGGGCGGCUUUGAGGCAGCACCGCGACCGCGGGAGACGCUAACUAGAUAGCAUUAGCUUAGCUUCGCUGGCUAAUUCUCUUAGCCUGUCACCGACCUCGCUAAUUCACUUAGAUAUACAAUGUUUUUGUUUUAGGUGUUCGCCUCGCGACUGCUCUGUUCCGGGACAUUGGCGUGGGAAUGUUUUAACUGUUGUUUUAUGACACAAGGAGGUCGAGACCUCGCUGGGAAGAACUUUGGCCUGAAAGUUUGUGAACCUUGAAGCUGGUUUCUUACCUCAAAGGAGUUAUUUGAUUCGACUGCGCGAGAACCCGACGACGAGAUUGACCCAGAACUGCAAAUGUGGCUAUAUAUUUUGUAAUUUAUGGUAGUCAGCCGUGGCUGGUUAAUUGUUCAAUACUAUCCUUGGCCAACUUUUCUUGCACCUAGCCGCUGAAGCUAACGAGCGUGAGAGCGUCGUCUUAUCCCAGAUCUAAAACAACGUCGACGUGUAUGUUGGAGUCGGAGUUCUAGGAUUACACAUUUGCGUUGCUUUUCGUUCUUUUGUGUUUCGUGACCAAACAUGGGACUCGCAGUCGUCGCUAGCUAGUCACUAGCUGGCUAACUGAGCUAUCCGCUGAUGUGAACUUGUUGAUUGAAGGGCUGUCUGACGUGUUGCUAGCGGGCUAGCACUGGACUUCCACUGGAUUUAAACCCCAAUAUUACUCGUACACGUGUAAAUGCACAAUAGACACUGAGAAGUCUCGUCAUCUGCUUCAACUAGUCUCUGCAAGAUGUCAACAAGAAUCCCAUUGGUGCAAGUCAUCGAAAAUUCGACUGGACAGGACUCCAAGUCAUCAUCCGGCCGCUCCAGCAUGCCGCGAUGCCGGAACUUCGUCCCCACGACCACAUCAGACGAGCAGCCGCACAUUGGUAACUAUCGGUUACUGAAAACCAUUGGUAAAGGAAACUUUGCCAAAGUGAAGCUGGCACGACACGUCCUCACUGGAAAAGAGGUGGCUGUGAAAAUCAUCGAUAAAACCCAGCUUAACUCAUCCAGUUUGCAGAAGCUCUUUCGAGAGGUGAGGAUCAUGAAGAUGCUGAAUCACCCAAACAUAGUGAAGUUGUUUGAGGUGAUAGAGACGGAGAAGACUUUGUACCUGGUAAUGGAGUACGCCAGUGGUGGUGAGGUGUUUGAUUACCUGGUGGCUCACGGCAGGAUGAAGGAGAAAGAAGCUUGUGCCAAAUUCCGACAGAUCGUUUCAGCGGUGCAGUACUGCCACCAGAAAUGUAUAGUACACAGAGACCUCAAGGCGGAGAAUCUUCUUCUGGACGCAGACAUGAACAUCAAGAUUGCUGACUUCGGCUUCAGCAAUGAGUUUACUCUGGGGAACAAGCUGGACACUUUCUGCGGCUCUCCACCCUAUGCUGCUCCUGAACUCUUUCAGGGGAAGAAGUACGAUGGACCUGAGGUGGAUGUAUGGAGUCUUGGUGUGAUACUCUACACACUGGUCAGUGGCUCGCUGCCCUUUGAUGGACAGAACCUCAAGGAACUAAGAGAGCGUGUGCUUCGAGGUAAAUACAGGAUUCCCUUCUACAUGUCCACUGACUGCGAGAAUCUCCUCAAGAAGUUUCUCAUCCUGAACCCCUCAAAAAGAGGCAGCCUGGAGCAGCAGAUCAUGAGGGAUCGCUGGAUGAAUGUCGGCCAUGAAGAAGAGGAACUUAAACCUUACAUCGAGCCACAGCCAGAUUAUAAAGACCCCCGGAGGACAGACAUCAUGUUGCAGAUGGGCUUCUCUCAGGAAGAGAUCCAGGACUCCCUGGUGAACCAGAAGUACAAUGAUGUGAUGGCUACAUACCUGCUGCUGGACUAUAGGAAUUCUGAGCUGGAAGAAGGUGGCAUUAAGCCACGACCAGGAAGUGAUGUCAGCAACAUAAAUGCACCCUCUCCGCCUCACAAGGUUCAACGCAGUGUGUCGUCCAACCAGAAGCCGCAGAACCGCAGAUCUACUGAACAAGGCUCCUCUUACUCCAAGAGGACAGGGCAGACAGACAACCGGGGCACAGGCGAUGAUUCUGGAAGGAAGACCUCAUCAGGCACCUCUACCAACAAGGUGCCAGCCAGUCCACUGGUGUCCUCUGACCGCAAAAAGAGUGCCACGCCCUCCACAAACAGCAUUCUGUCCACUGGUACCGGACGUAGUCGAAACUCACCUCAGACUGAGAGAGCAACUCUGGGCCAGGGGAUCCAGAAUGGCAAGGACAGCCUUAACACUCCAGGCUCCCGUGCCUCCACUGCCUCAGCUGCUGCCGUCCUCUCAUCCUCCUCUUCCUCGCGUCCCCACCACAAAAAGUCCUACUCCUCCUCCAACCAUCCAUGUCCCUCUGACCUGCAUGCACCUCCAAAAAGCGCCGUCCCUCAGCGUGCUCCUGGCGCCUCCCCUUCUGCCCACAACAUCAGCAGUGCGGCUGUCACAGACCGUACCUUCUCCAGAGGUGUGGGCAUCCGGAGCACCUUCCAUGCAGGCCAGCAGAGGGGUGCCCGGGACCAGCAGGGCUCUGCUUACCCCGGCGGGCCCGCCUCGCCGUCGUUGUCGCAUGGCAACAGCCAUGCUCGGCGGACACAUGGUGCCACCGGCAUCUUUAGCAAGUUUACCUCCAAGUUUGUGCGCAGAAAUCUGUCGUUCAGGUUUCCCAGAAGGAGUCCCUAUGAGGGCGAGGGUCGGGAGGAGGGGAGCAGGUCCAUGCUGAGCAGCACCGUGGACAAGUCAGAGAAGACGUCUGGUGGGGUUCUGUCCUCCAACAAUGAUGAGAACAACUCGUCACCAGGAUCUGGAAACACCGGGGGCACCGGGACACCUCCUGCCAUCGGUGGACAGAAGGAUUCAGCCAAGCCGCGCUCCCUGCGCUUCACCUGGUCCAUGAAGACCACUUCGUCCAUGGAGCCUCUGGAAAUGAUGCGCGAAAUCCGCAAGGUCCUCGACUCCAACAGCUGCGAGUACGAGCUGCGCGAGCGCUACAUGCUGAUGUGCGUGUCGGGGAACCCCGCACGCGAAGACUUCGUCCAGUGGGAGAUGGAAGUGUGCAAGCUGCCUCGCCUCUCCCUCAACGGCGUGCGCUUCAAGCGCAUCUCGGGAACCUCAAUCGCCUUCAAGAACAUUGCAUCAAAGAUCGCCAAUGAGCUCAAACUGUGAGCGGCGAGAGGAGUCAGGCCCCGGGGGAGGGGAGGGGGGGUCACUGAGCUCAAGUGGCUGGGACGCCGCUCCUGGUUCCUCAAAGUUCUGAAGUUUUCUUCUGCAUGUCCACUAACAUCACUUCCUGCUAUUUAUUCACUUCCUCUGCACAGGCCGGAGGAGGGGCAGGGCGACACUGAGGACUUUCUCAAGGUGAUUGACAGGUGAUGUUUUGAUUCAACACAAGCUAAAGUUGUUCUGAUUCUUUGAAAGUGACUGGACUCGACUGAGAAACACACACACACACACACUUAGUCACCCUCUUACACCCACCCACACAGUCUUGUAUACUUGCGCACCCAGAUUUGGUUAUAGGUAAAGGGUUUUCUUUAGCCCCUCCCCCCAAGCAUCUUCAUCUCUCAGACAUACCUGAUGUCCCUCCCCUCACUGUUGGCACAAACACCGCCUCCCCAGCCUCAAAACACAUCCGCCAUGUUCUCAGUCACUCCCUUUUCUCUCCUGUCAACAAUGGAGUUUUUUUUUUGUCGUUGUUUUUUAAUGAGAAUUUUAUUAUUUUUAAGUGAGAUGGUGCACUGGAUCAGAGAGGCGAGUUCGUCGCCACUCGCGACUUGUUGCCUUUCUUUGAAGAAUGAAACCUGUCGUUGUUGUUGCACAUACACACUCGUGUUUCUUUGGCAUCAUCAGUCAGCAUGGCGACGCUCCCCUCCCCCUCCAUCCUGGUGAUUCCCAAAGAGCAAAACACACCAAUCUGAAGUGUUGUAAUGUCUGAGUGUUGCACAAAAAAAAUCGACAACGAAUGGUUCAAUUUUCUUCUAAUUUUGAUUUGAUUCUUUUUUUUUUUUUUAAGUUUGUUGAAAUAAAUAUUCAGGGGCCUGGGAGGGGGGGGGAUUCAUGAUCAUCGCUGCCUUUACAUUCACGUUUCAGCAUCGAGCUCUGGAUGUGUAAUGGUGUUGGUGGUGGUGACAACUACUGCUCAUUUAUAUUUGGCCUUUUUUUCGUGAGUUUUGUCGUCUGUUUCUAUUUUAGUGUUUUGUUCUUUGACGGUUAAAAGCCAACCGAGAAAACAAACAUCACUUCUCUCUGGCAGAAGAAACUCACGCACACACAAACACGCCGGCGUCACGUGACUUGCUGUCGUUUUUGUUUUGUUUUUUUUCCUAAUAAUUUGAGUU